AUGUACGGACGCGCAGACAGCACGAGUAGCCGAAUCCGCGCUGCAUUCAGCGGUCGUCUGAGUAGCAGUACUUCAACUAGUAGUGAUGAUCAUGAGUCUCCUCAGACGAACGUGUUUGCGCCGCUGGAAGAGGUCUGGGAGGCACUGGAAGAAUGGUUUCUGUUGCUACUGAGUGAAAUGGAGGAUAUUGAGGGUGAAGCAGGGAUAGAUGACUGUGUCCUCUUAGAUGAUGGCAUAG